UCGAUAUUUCUUCACUUGUUAUCGCUUGGCCCUAAAAAGUGUUGGCUAACGUAUACAGUUUUAUUAAUUUUGUUUAGUCAAUCAAGUUCCAAUUAGAAUCGAAAUAGGCUCGUGACAAAAUGUCGUAUGGACAAGGCUAUAAUCCAUAUGCCCAGCCCGCCGGUGGCUAUGCCCCGCCACCUGGAGCAUUUCCGCCGCAAAAUGCCCAGGUUUCUCCACAGGCACAGCAAUGGUUUGCUAUGGUGGAUCGCGAUCGAUCUGGAAAGAUCAACGCCUCCGAGUUGCAGGCCGCUUUGGUAAAUGGGCGUGGCGAUCACUUCUCGGAUAAUGCCUGCAAGCUGAUGAUAAGCAUGUUCGACAAUGAUGCCAGCGGAACUAUUGAUGUUUAUGAGUUCGAGAAGCUCUACAAUUAUAUCAAUCAAUGGCUGCAAGUCUUCAAGACCUACGACCAGGACGCCUCUGGACAUAUUGAAGAGCAGGAAUUAACACAAGCCUUCACCCAGAUGGGCUUCCGCUUCACUCCCGAGUUCAUUAAUUUUCUGGUGAAGAAGAGCGACCCCCAGAGCCACAAGGAAGUAUCAGUGGACCAGUUCAUAGUGCUCUGCGUGCAGGUUCAGCGCUUCACGGAGGCCUUCAGGCAGCGAGACACCCAGCAGAAUGGAACCAUUACCAUUGGCUUUGAGGAUUUCCUGACCGUGGCCAUUGGCUGCUCGUACUGAAAAAAUAUUAGUCAAGGCAACGAAUCUAAGGGAAUCAACAUUCACACUCUUGCACACAGACUACAAUCAACAGAGGAUGAUCACUAAUUCCACUGAUGAGGCAUUUUCUUAAAAAUUUCAACGGUGUUUGUUAUCUUUUUUUUUAAUAUGUAAAUGCAUUAUUCACUCCACAGUCAUAUUGCAAUCUCUCCUGGUAUCAGAAUCAAAUUUCAAAAGUAUUUGUUAUCGCAGUCCGACUCAAUCAUAGUACAAAAAGUCUCUUGCGCCUAAUAAUAAACUAUACUCGUGUAUUUUUAAAAGUUAA